UGAACUCUCAACAUAAGAUUUUUCCUUCGACACUUAAAGUAUGCUUACUGAAUUUAUCAAUGGCGUCCAAUAGAAGUCUCUUUAAGCCGGCGAGCUCGAGAGAGUAAAGGUAUAACGAGCAAUGGGCGUGGGUGUAUGGUGUGGCAGACAGCCUCCCCGACGCCUAUCCCUGCCCUUCCUCCCCUCCUCGCUUUCUAUGGCUGCCGCGUCUUCUUCUCCUUCUACACACGCUUACGCAGCUGACUUACCGCAACCGCGGCCUUCCAUGCUCGUAUUUUCAGGAGGAACGGCUUUCAAUGGAGUUGUUGAAGAACUAAAGAAGGUGACAACUCGUGUUGCUCAUGUUCUUCCUGUCUCAGAUGAUGGGGGAAGCACUGCUGAAAUUGUUCGUGUGCUUGGUGGGCCGGCUGUUGGUGACAUUAGGUCAAGAUGCUUGAGAUUAUCUGAUGAAAGGACUUCUGAAGCUUUGGCAGUUCGAAGAUUGCUUGGCCACCGUUUAUCUUUGGACCCCCUCCAAGCAAAAGGAGAGUGGUACAAAAUUGUCGAAGGGGAGCAUAUACUUUGGAAUGACGUGUCUAGGCCUUAUAGGGAAACAAUUCGUGCUUUUUUAGUAUAUUUUCAAAAUCAGAUUCUUCGGCGAGCAACUGAAAAUUUUUGUUUUGGAAAUGGGAGCAUUGGUAACUUCUUCUUUGCUGGAGCUCGGAUAUUCUUUCAGUCCUUGGAUGCAGCAAUCUUUUUGUUUUCUCGAGUUUCCCAAAUUCCUUCAGAUAGCCUCGUGCUUCCUGCAGUGUGCACAAAUGAUCGACUUACCUUGGGUUGUGAACUAUGGAAUGGGACUGUCAUAAGAGGUCAAAAUGAAAUAUCUCAUCCAACAAGUGGAGCUGUCGAACCUAUAAAUAAGGUUGUGUCUUCAAUACCAUUACUACCAGCAAGAAUAAAGCGCAUUUUCUACAUGUCAAGUGAGGGUACAAAUCUUUUACAUGAGAUCUUCCCAGUUGUCAACGGUACGGUGUUGGAGCUGUUGAGUAAAGUGGAUUGUAUUGUUUAUGCGAUGGGAUCGCUUUUUACCUCAAUUUGUCCCUCAUUGGUAUUGCAUGGAGUUGGUGAGGUCAUUUGUCAAAGGAAUUGCCUUAAGGUUCUUCUACUUAACGGUUCACAUGAUAGGGAAUCAAUGGGCAUGUAUGCUUCAGAUUUUGUCACCGCUAUAUCUGAUGCCCUAAAUCGUAAACAUGGGGAUCCACAGAAAUGCCUCAACAAUCCACCUAGUGCAUAUGUAAACACCGUGUUGGCGCCAAAAGGGGGACAUGUGCUAGUCGAUAUACAACAUUUGGAAGUUCAAGCAAUAUGUGAUGUGGUAACAAAAUUCAAAAUAUUAUAGUUGUUUCAUUUUGGCAUUUCUUUUAAGUUUCUUU